UGAUCCAGGCCCGAUUCGGUCCAACUUUGGUACGCUGCCGAAACGCGGGCGUUCAAGAAACCUCACCGCCACCGAACCGAUCUCAUAGGAGAGAACAGAAUCCACGGAGAUUUCUCCGUGUUAGGAGUCUUAGGACAAACGUGGCCGCAUCGAAACGUUCCCUUUUGUAGCUUCAUCAUCCAAAAAUGCUCUUCGGGAGGUUGAUGGAGGUGGAACCGCCGAGCCCGGUGAGAUACAUAAUCGGAGCGGCGAUCAUGAUGAUCGGAGUUGUAUUUCCCGUUGGAUAUAUGAUGUUCCGAAACAAGCGUGUCUCCUCAUCCUCUUCCUCUUACUCCAAACAGACGUAGAGAGACUUUGUUGGAGGACGCUCUCUUCUCUGAGUGGUAGUAUGCAUAUUUUGUGGGUCAAUUGCCAUAAGCGGGAGAAGAUGAGGAGCUGUUCAAAAGCAUCUCAAACGAAAUUUGUUCUUUAGCGAGAGGGAAUGAUUAAUAUGCACUGAAGUUGGGGAUGAUGCAUAGACCAGGAAAUGAGUAUUCGGAACUGAGUAUUGGCGUUGUUGGCAUUAGAAGUGGACAGCUGCCGUACUUCGUGCACCUGAGAGUUAAGAUACGUUUAAACCUACGGACACAACCAACGAAAUUGAGUCCCGUUUGGAUGUUGAGUUAAGUUGAAGUGAGUUGAGUUGAAUUCUUUAUGAAUAUUAAUGAGUUGAGAUGGUGGAGUAAGUUUUGCAAGACCCACUUAAGAUGAGCUUAGAUGUGUUUGAAUGUUAAGAUACAUUUAUAUGUAUUUAUGAAAAGUUGAAAAAAUUAUGGAUUCCACAUGUAAAAAAGUUUUGAAUUGAGAUAAGUUUAACGAUUUGAUAGUUGAGUGUUUGAACGUUA